AUGGAACCCAUCCUUGGCGAGAGCAAGAGGCGCGUGUGUUACUUUUUUGAUUCCGAUAUAGGCAAUUACCAUUAUGGACCAGGCCAUCCGAUGAAACCUACUCGAAUUAGGAUGUGUCAUUCUUUAGUGAUGAAUUAUGGCUUAUACAAGAAAAUGGAGAUAUUCAGAGCUAAACCGGCUACGAAACGGGAAAUGUCACAGUUCCAUACUGAUGAAUAUGUCGAUUUCUUACACCGUAUAAAUCCUGAUAACGCCCAACAAUUCGCUAAAGAGCAAGUUAAAUAUAACGUUGGCGAUGAUUGUCCUAUAUUCGAUGGCUUAUUCGAAUAUUGCUCUAUAUCCGCAGGAGGUUCGAUGGAGGGAGCUGCUAGAUUAUCUCGAGAUAAAUGUGAUAUUGCCGUUAAUUGGGCAGGUGGAUUACAUCAUGCUAAGAAAGCAGAGGCUAGUGGAUUCUGUUAUGUCAAUGACAUCGUUCUAGGUAUCCUGGAGUUACUGAGAUAUCAUUCCCGAGUGCUGUAUAUAGAUAUAGACGUGCAUCAUGGAGACGGAGUGGAAGAAGCUUUCUACACCACAGAUCGGGUGAUGACUUGUUCCUUCCACAAAUAUGGAGAAUUUUUCCCUGGUACAGGUGAAGUGAGGGAUAACGGUAUUGGAAAAGGAAAAGGUUAUGCUAUAAACGUGCCUCUGAGGGAUGGAAUUGGGGAUGAGAAUUAUCAAAGUAUUUUCCAGCCUGUAAUUAAACGAGUGAUAGAGUGGUAUCAACCUGGAGCAAUAGUACUUCAAUGUGGAUCAGAUUCAUUAUCAGGGGAUAGAUUAGGUUCUUUCAACUUAUCGAUGAGAGGUCAUGCUGCUUGCGUGCAAUUUGUCAAAUCAUUCCAUCUACCGUUAUUGUUAUUAGGUGGUGGUGGAUACACGGUGAAGAGCGUUAGUAGAACUUGGGCAUAUGAGACUGGUUUAGCUGCGGGAGUGGAACUUCAAAGAAAUAUUCCCAAUAACGAAUACUGGGAAUACUAUGGCCCCACCUACGAGCUCGAUGUGAGGUCAAGUAAUAUGACAGACCAUAACACUCCUGAAUAUCUGCAAAAAGUGAAAGAAGCUGUUUUCGAGGUACUGAGAGAUAAGAAUGCUGCGCCUAGUGUACCUUUACAGGAGGUACCGAAACUUCGACACGAUGAUGAAGAUGAGAAUGAAUUGGAAGACGAAGAAGACAAGGAAGUCCGAAGACCGUUGAGAUUAUGGGAUAAAGAGAAACAGAAUGAAAACUCAUUGAGUGAUUCGGAAGAUGAAGGUACAGGAGGUAGAAAACAUCGACAAAAUCAUAAAUCGCCUUCGAUAAAUGGGUCGACCACGACCAAAAAACGAAGAUCGAAAUCUCCCAUCAUCAAUUAUCCGACUAGAACCGUGACAUUGCCAAUUACGGUUUCAAGCACACCUGUGACAGCUGCUGGACCCGUAGGAGCGGUCAAUGGAGAAGGUAUCAAUAUAGAAAAUUGGGCAAGUGGAGUCGAAAGUUUAGCUUCUUCAUCUUCGAAUAGAAAUGGUUCAGGUCGAAUCCAAAAUGAAGAUAUUGAAAUGACUGAAGAACAACCAACGACGAAUAUCUCGAAUCCAAUUCAAGUAGCUCAAUCUCAAACUUUACCAACUUCCACUUCGACCGACAAUACUCCAGCACCUAAUCAGGGUAGUGGCAGAUCACUAUCAGCGGAUCUGAAGCAUGACACGUAG